UGAGAUGGCUUCACCUUUUUUUGCUUUGGUGGUAGUUUGUGUCCUGGGCAAAGCUUCGUGUCAUAACUACUGGGUUGAGGACUGUUCUCCUCCCUUUGAAAACGUGCUGCGGUCCGAUCCUUGCAGACCUGGAGGAAAGUGGGACGAGCUACUCAAACGAUGCAACGGUUACUUUGCAGACAGUUGCUACCAGUGCUUCUCUGGAGAACUGUGUGAGCACAAGGAAGAUGUUCAGAAUUGCUCGUUAGUUGCUGGCGUACACAAUCCUAUCUCGUUUGACGAGUAUUGGUCUCAACUGGCUGGACAGCCUUGCAGCUACAUUCCAGCUGGAUUCAGGAUGGCAUAUUCAUACAAUGACAUCAGCAGUUCAAAGAUUAUGCUUUCUCCACUCGAGUCUGCACUGCGUGAGUUGCACAGUUUUGUUGGCAAUGCAGAAACCAAGGGAUACAUAAUUUUCCCCUCUCUUGGCGCUACACAAGGAGUGGAAGCUGCACUUAGUGCUAUAUCAAUGUCCAUCUGUGAAGAGCACAAUGUAGAGAAAGCUGAUGUUUUUGCACAAGCACCCUACUACAGUCACUUUGUGUGGUUGGCAAACAACUCUCUUCAAACUGCACGAUGGAAUCCAAACGCUGACCCACAAGCUCCAACUACAAUUGAGAUUGUUACGUGGCCAAACAACCCAGAUGGCAGAAAACUGCAGCCUCUUCAACCAGAUCCUAAACGACGAGUUUAUGAUUUGUCUUUUUAUUGGCAAACAUAUACUGACAUUGAAACAAUGUUGAAUGAGGAGAUAAUGGUCUUUUCUGGUUCAAAACAUUCUGGUCUCUCUGCCUCUCGUGGAGGAUGGCUCCUUGUCAAAGAUCCCAAGUUUGCUUUAGGUGUUUCAGCAUAUAUCACUAACACUACCAUUGGAGUUCCAGUCGAUACACAGUUACGACUUUUGGAACACGCAAAACACAUUUUGAACAGCCACACUAGUGAUAGGAAAGAAGAUGAACUUCCCCCUUUCUAUGACUUUAUGGGCAACAUGACUCGGCAACGUUUUGCAGAAUUGGAAACUUUGUUUAUGGGAAAUGACGAGUAUGAACUGGUGAAUGCAAAAACGAUGGGAGGCCUUGCUUGGAUCCAUUGCAAAAAGAUGGGGUACAGUUGUCCAGCAUUAUUCACUGAAAUUGGUCUGCAAGGAAACUCUGGCCUCCAUUAUGGUGCUAAUGACUCGUAUGUUCGAUUUUCAAUGGCCCUACCAGAUGUUGAGCAUGCCAUCUUUCUAGAAAAGAUCAAAAUACGUUUGUCAACUAAACAACUUACUGACAAACCACCUAGCCAUUUGAAACAGCAGUACAACAUUAUCCCUGGCACUCGGUCAUUCCCUUGAUUCUAUCAUUUGGUUAUUAUUAGACUCCACAUUUUAGUAAUUGCUACACUGUUAUUGCCUACGACUGCCAUUUUGUAUUUGACUUAUACAAGCAUUACUUUUCUAGAAUAUUAGCAUAUUGCAAGCUCUGAAUAUCCUUCCACAAAUCUAGAAAACAUCACUUUUUCAAGAUGAACAUUUGGUUGGAAAUGACCAAAUUCAAGUAAUGCUAUUACAAUCUAGGUGACAAUAAAUGGCACUGCGGAAACGGAAUUUAACAAUGCACUUCAUCAAGCUUAAUAUUUACGUAGACAUGUUAAAACAACAAUUAAUUAGCAAGAAAGCUGAUAAGCUCAAAAUGCAAUAA